UAUAUCGUCUUAAUCAUUUCAUAACAGCAUAAUAUUUUGAAAUAAAAUAGCAGUUUUAAAAACAGAUAUAUUUACAUUUGUGAAAAUAGUUCGUAUUCGCAAAAUGUGUAAUAAAUUUCGUUUAAAGUUCAGUGUAUUUAUAUAAAUCCGGAAUUUCCAAAAUACCAACAAUGAUGGAAUAACCGUAAUAUUUUCCAUGCAAAAUUCUUUGUUUGAUCUUUUCAUCAUGUUGAAAAGUUUGUGCAGUAAGACUUGUGCAGUGUAACUCUACACAUUCGAGCUUCUUGGUUAAACGAUUGGAGGCUGUUGUCGAAUGCUUGUUUGUUGUGGAAUUGCUAUAUAUAUGUAGCAGAAGAUGUCUGGUGCUAAAGAUUGGAAUGAUUUGGAUGCUGGCGGAGGCGGGGGAAACGCGCCAAAACGAGGUGCAAGACCAAACUUACAAGAGAAAAUGAGGAGGAGAUUCCAACAUCGAAACCAAGACAGAAUGACAGGGUCUAGUAGCGAAAAUACAUCACCCGUCCCACAUGAAGAGGUUGCAUUAGGUCAAGGGGGAGCUUUCAGACAGGUACCCGAAGGGGCUGCGGCAGCCUCUCAUCAUCAAAGAGGGCAGCGUAGAACUAAUGGUGGAGAAACACCGGAAUUAAAUGACCCGGACGCGAAUGGAAAUUUUAUGUUUCAUGACGGCGACAAUAUAUCCUCUGAAUCAGGAAGGUCAAAAACUUCUGCUUGUAGAGGUCAAGGUCGUAAUUCGCAAGGUCAGGCUGCAAGGCAGCCGACCGGACAAGAUCAUUUCGAUAAAGCGUUAAACAGUGUUCUUGGUGAAUUAAACAGAGAUGAAAAAUCUCAGAGACGACAGAAAUCUCAAGGAGAAGCAGUGUUUGAAAACAAUUUUGAUGAUCCAGAGCCUCCUCGCGUACUUAAUAUUCCAGCAGGGGGCGCUUCAGGGGCAAGACAGGUGGCAUUAGAUGGGAACAGGCGUGCUCCAGACGGAAAACAUAAUCGGUCGCAUCGGCAGAGUGGAGGUUACAGCGAGGAAGCAGACGACGAGGAUGAUGAGAUGGUAGGCCGGAAACAAGAACAAGGAAAAGAUCCAGUGCAGGAUUUGUUGAAGUCUAUGAUGGGAGGUGGUCAAGGCGGAAAUGAGAGAGGAGAUCCGCUUGCAGCGUUAUUAGGUGGUCGGCCAGAUGGCAACAGGAAUAACGGUGGACUUGGAGAAUUGCUCGGUGGUGGAAGAGGGAAUAGGCGGCAAGGUGAAAGAAAUGACAAUGAAGAUCCAUUUGCAGCGUUACUAGGUGCUGGUGGGCAAAAUCCUUUGGCUGCAAUGAUGGGUAAUAACGAAGCUCAAAAGAGUAUGCAUAAUGCUGGGAAUGAUUUCAGGUCAUCGAUUGUUGGUGAUGGAAGAAAUCCAAGGGGUCGAGAUCCGUUUAAUGCCUUAGUAGGCGUAGGGCAAAAUGGGCGUGCUUGUGGUUCGGCAAGGAAAGACAAAAGAGAAGGGGCUAGUGAAGGGGAGGAACAAGACGAAGAUGAAAAUGAUGAUCCCAUGGAAGGUGAAAAACCAGUAGGUCUAAGAAAACCGAAAGACGAUCCUGUCCGCGCAAUGUUACAGGAAAUGACUAAAGGUAUGAAAGGAAGUGCAAACCCUCUAGCUGCAGUAGGGGCAGCUGGAGCUGACAAAAAAGGCAGAGGCGGAGGUGGUAUGGAACAGUCAGGAGGUGCAGGAGAAGGGAACAAAAACAGUGACCCAAUAGCUGCUUUUCUUGGAGGUAGAGGUGGAGGUGGAUCUGGGAUGAAUCCUUUAACAAUGAUGCGUGGAGGUGGCAGGGAUGGGGGUAGUGGUGGUUCUCAACUUGGUGGCUUUGCAAUGGGUGGUGGAGAACAAAAUGAAGGAGGUUCUGGGAUGAAUCCUUUGGCUUCAAUGAUGGGCGGUGCUGGAAGAGGUGGUGGAUCAGGACUUGGUGGCUUUGCCGGCUUAAUGGGUGGUAAAGCACCAGGCGGAGGAGGUGGUGGAGACUUAGAGGCAAUGUUAGGUGGAGGAGGGGCAAAUCCUUUAUCUGCAUUGAUGGGAGGUGGUGGCGGUGGGCAAGGUGGAGGUGGAAACCCUUUAGCAUCACUCUUAGGUGGUGGUGGUGCUGGAAAUCCCCUUGCUGCCUUAAUGGGUGGAGCUGGAAGAGGUGGCGGUGGAGCAGGGGGUAAUCCUCUUGCUGCCUUAAUGGGUGGAGCCGGAAGAGGUGGGGGCGGAGCAGGGGGUAAUCCUCUUGCAGCCUUGAUGGGUGGAGGCGGAAGAGGUGGGGGCGGAGCAGGGGGUAAUCCACUUGCAGCCUUGAUGGGUGGCGCAGGCAGAGGAGAUGGAGGUGGAGGUGGAGGUGGCGGGCUUGCUGGUUUAGCUGGUAUGCUUGGAGGAGGCGGAGCUGGUGGUAGUGGAGCAGGAGGGGACCAGAUGUCUCAGGCUCUUGCCUCAGUGAUGGGAGGAAAUGGGGACGGAGGAGCUAAUCCAAUGGCAGCAGCUAUGUCAGCACUCAUGGGAGGAGGUCGCGGUAAACCCGAGGGUCCCAAUGAACAGUUACUGCGUCAGAUGACGGGACAGGCUGGAGCAGAGGAAGACGAACUGAGUCCAGAUAACGCGGGUGAGAACGAUAUCAUACAGCAAUUACUGGCCUACGAGAUGAUGAGAGCUCAAAGUAACCGUGCACCACGUGCUGAGCAAGCAAUGCAUACAAUCAUCGUAGUGGAUACUUCUGGGAGCAUGGAUGGUGAACCGCUUAUAGAAGCUGGUCGAUUCAUUUCACAGUUUAUAAAUGGGUUGGAGGAAUUACAAUUUGAGUAUAACUUACAAGAAAAUGUGGCACUGGUGUGUGUUGGAGGUGAAACACAAGUAGUCCAGCAUUUCACCAAUGAUUACAGUCUGAUACGCAGGGCUACCGAUUCACUUAGUGCUGUUGGUUCAAGUCGUCUUCAUAUGGGACUUCUCAUACCCACGUCAUUACUUAGCCAUGGAAGUCAUGACAACAGACGCAUGGGUGGUAUUUACCAAAUGGGAGGUCACGUGGCAUGUCCCAGAGUUAUAUUAAUCAGUGAUGGAUAUCCCAACGCUACAGACGAUGUACCCGGACAGCUACCUAGACCUGACGACCAGAUGUUGCUUGCUAUGCAAAGCCUGUGUGUGGAAAUGACCCAGUCAGUAACAGAAAAGACUCUGUGUAAAAUAUACUGUGUUCCUGUUGGAAAUUCUAAUUUGAAUUUCAUGGAGAUUUUGUCGACCACUUCAGGCGGGAAAGUCAUGCAGCCGACAGACGCUAAACACAUGAGUCGUUGUCUACUUCACCAUGUACUUGUUUCGAAACUGCACGAGAACAGCAAACAGGAGCCAACACGUGAUGCUGUUGCUGAGUUGCUGAAACAAAUCACUGCUACUGCUGAAGGGGAUGAUAUAAAUGGCGUGUUUGAGGUGAUCAGAGAAGGGGAACCAGAUGUACAAGCAAGGGACCAGCGAGUAGCUCAGGAAAUGAUGCAGGCAAUGCAAGGAAGAGGAAGGGGCAGAGGUGGAGGAGGAGGUGGAGGAGGAGGAGGUAGAGGUGGAGGUAGAGGAGGAGGUGGCGACAUGCAAGGACUUGGUGAUAUGGCCGCCUUAAUGGAACAAGGUCAAGGACAAAUGCCUGGUGGGAUUCAAUCUAUGAUGGGAAUGUCGAGAAGAGGCAGACGAGGGGGUGGUAUUCCAAUGAUGAGAAGCAGAGGACGGCCCGGGGACGGCCUGUCAAUGAUGGGCGGAGAUGGACAAGGUUCAGACGGAUUAAGCGGACUUCAGGCUAUGUUAGGAAUGGGAGGAGGCCGGGGACGUGGUGGUGGUGGUGGCGGCAUGGAAGGUCUGAUGAGAAUUGACGGUUAUGGAAGAGGUGGCGGAGGUGGCAAUGAAAUUCCUGUAGGCAUUGGCGGAGGUGGAAGAGGAGAAAAUGCUGGUGGAUUAGGAGCUUUACUCGGUAUGGGUGGAGGUGGUGGUUUUAGACGUGGAGGGGGUAAUGGCGAAGGCAAUGACAUGAAAGCUAUGAUGAGAAUGGCAGGAGGUGGAAGAGGGAGAGGAAGUGGUGGUGGCAUUACGCAUCGUGGAGGAGAUCUGCAGGGUAUGAUGAGAGGUUGUGGUGGACAAGAAGGUGACGGAGGUUUUGGCUUAAUAGGAUCUGGUGACGGUAAAGCUGGAGAUGGUAGUUUACAAGAUAUGCUUGGAAUGGGAGGAGGAGGAAAAUGUGGUCAGGAAAGUGGAGGUUGCAACGACCGAGCUGGCAAUCAGAGUCUCGAAGCAAUGUUUAAACUGGGAGGUGGAGCUGGUGGACUACAAUCAAUGCUUGAAAUGAGAGGCAGGGAUGGUCGACAUGAACAACAAAGAGAUGGAUUGGGUCAAAUACCGGGUGGAAGUCUACAGUCUAUGUUGGGAGUGAAAGACGGAGGACAAAAAGGACAAGAAAAUAGAGCACAACGGAUGGAUGACAAUAUACAAGCAGGGAAUAAUGUACAACAAGAAAUGCUUGGAAUGGGAAAUGACGGUGAGCAAAGUGAACAAGGAAAAAGCGUUUUUAGUCAGUUACCAGGUGGAAGUCUCCGGGCCAUGCUAGGAAUGGAUGAUGGAGAACAAAAUGCGCCAGGAAAACAACGGGGUGAUACCGGACAAGCGAGGAGUGGUGAACAACGUGUAAAGCUUGGAACUGUAGGUGGGGAUGGGCAUGGUAGUGGCACUAAUCAACAAUCCAUGAUGGGAUUUGGAGGUGGUGAUGAUAGUGGAGGCCGUGGCCAGUUAGUUGGAAUGGGAGAUGGACAAACUGAAGAAGGUGGUGGUCUCGGUCAGUUACAAGAAGGUUCCCAAGCUUUGUUAGGAAUGGGAGGAGGAGAAAAUCAAAGUAGAAAAAAUACUCCCAACGAAAGAGCUAAAAGUCUACAUAGGCAAGAAAGAAGAGAAGAUGCUGCUGCAUCAGGGGCUGAAAAUAAACCUAAACCAAAGAAAGAAGCUGGCAAAACAGCUAGUGAUCAGAAAGUUCCCGCUGCUGCUGGCCGUGCACAGCAAUCGGAUGAAGAGGAUGACGAAGACGGUAGUCAGUCACCAGUGUUAGGCUUGAUUGGUGGAGACCCUAACUACAUACCUCCAAUGCAAAAUCAGCGUGCAAAUGGAAUAUUUAACAAUGUACCGCCAAUGAGUUUUGGUCUGGAUGAAUAUGGGAAUGCACGAAAUGUUGAUUUAAUGGGUGGUCUUGGAGGAAACGAUAAAGAAGGAGAUGAGCUUAUGGAAAAAUUAUCUGAAAUGCUAGGAAUUGGUGAUGGUGAAGAAGGGGGUGGUAUACUUGGUGGUGCUGCUGAUGAGGCUGUUGGAAAUCAAGGCGGUGGAGGGGGGUUACUUAGAGGUUUACCAGAUAUGCUUGGUCUAGCAGGUGGUAGAGCAGGAGGAAUGCCAGGUAUGCCCGGAAAUCUCGACAACCAGCCACCAAACUUAGGUGGUGCCCAAUCCGAUAUCAGAACUUUUCUCCAAAAUAUGGGAAGAGAAUCAAGGGGACAAAAUGAUGGAGGUCUUAGAGAUGACGACGGCGAUGUGAUAAUGGGAAGAUUAGGUGCCAUGAAUCAAUCACAAGGAGGUGCACCAUUUGCUGGUCUCGGUGGCGCUGGUGGAGGUAACCUACCUUUCUUUGGUGGUGCAAAUAGGGGACAACAGGCUGCACCUUUCCCUCAAGGUCUUGGUCAGGCCAUGAAUGGCGCUCCGAAUAAUCUACAGCAGCUUGAACAGAUGUUGCAGAACGCACAAGGGGGUAACCAAGGAAUGCCAUCUUUAGAGCAGGUGUUCAACCAGUUGGGUAUGGGGGGAAUGGGACACAUGCCCGGUGCAGGCGGACAACAGCCAGAUGGAGGUCAAGGUGGAGGAUGGAACCAGUGACGACAGUCUGGUCAGACUCGGACAUCAGUGAUAUAAUCAUCUGUAAAUAACUGAUAAUACUUUUAAAGUACUGGGAUGCAAGUGUUCUAUGGUAAAAAUCACCUGCGACGAAAACUAGCUUAUAACCAUCAUAACCGGUGACCGCUAACUAGUUUACUGUGAUAACUUCCUUGCUUCGCUGGAAUUCCUACUAUUUACUUUGGUUUCUGUGUAACAGAUUUCACAAUAGCAGUGGCUCCAUUUUUAGUUUCAUGGAUCGUACUAUAUAUUAUUUUUUGUGGCGCAAAGCGUUUUAACUUUGUGUGCAUUCUUAAGUUAUGCAUAUGUUGUUUAUAUUAGAACUUAUUGUAAUUUAAUUGUUGAUUUUUUUUUCUUUGUUUUACUGGAAAAUAGCAGUGCACUUUUAAAAGUUCAGUUAGUUUGAUGCAAAGAUUGACAGAAUGUUUCAGUUACCUAGUUGAAACUCGAUAUCUCGGACUUGCUUAUCUCUAAAUUUCGGAAGUCUCGGAAAUCGCUGUAAUUCGGGAUACCGAGUUUCAACUGUAUAAUUGAGCCGCAGCAUGAGAAAACCAACAUAGUGCAUUGCAUGGUACGAUGGAACCUUAUUGAAGAUUAUUUGUUCAAAAGUCCGCGCAGUCUGGUCAGGAUCUAUGCUGUUCGUUUUCAAAGCCUAUUGCAAUCAGAGAAACUGUCAGCGAACAGCAUAGAUGCGCAGGCUGGUCUGGAUCCAUGCUUGUCGCAAACGCACUAUGUUGGUUUUCUCAUGGUGCGGCUCAUAUGUUUAAAAGGUUUAACGUUCCGUCACUAUUCUGGUACUCUUAUGGAACUUCAGCUUAUUUAUUAGAGAUUAUUGUAUUUUUAAAGAUUGUAUUGUUUUUACUAUUCGUAUCGUGAUAAAGACUUGUGCAGUAUUACGAAGAAUUAUUUAAAUCAUAUACUUUAUGGGUUGCUAAGUGGUGAACAUAUAUAAAUGCUUUGACAAAAUGAAGUCAAGUGUUUUCUAUUGUACUGCUGUAUACUUUGUAUUCCAUGUGUAUGCCGUGUUGGAUUUAUGAUGCUCGAUCACUUAUAGGCAAAUGGCCUAUGUAUGAAUAGCAUGUCUAUAAUGAAACAUAUAUGAUUUUUAAACGGUUAUGAUUUUGCAUAAAUGUGCAAAAAAAGAGACUAAGCUUUUGUAGUUUUUAAGAUCAUGAAAUUAUUUACCAUUGUAAAACAACUUUAUGCUGGCAAUGGCUAGCGACUUUUAAGCGUUAAAAAGGAGAUCUCAGACAACAUGACAUGCUGUAUAAUUGCCAGUGUUUUGUCUUUCCGUUAAAAUAGUGCAUGUAGUAUAUUUUACCAUAGGGGAAUAUGUUUUCGCUUUUUAUAAAAUGCAUAUCAGCCAUAAAGAGGAAAGAAUAAAUCUGCAGUAGAUGUGUUAUGAUUUUAAAAUUUGAAAGAAAAAAAAUGUUUCAAAUAAUGACUGUUUUGAAUGAACUGAAAUAAAUACAGUAACGAAAUUGGACAA